GAGUUGUAUGUUUUUUUUAAAGACAAAAUAAGAUCGAGGAAGUCAAAAAAGGAAGUAGACAUGUAAAAUAACAGGAAAAAUGUCUUUACAAAAAUUAUGUUCUUGCAACUUGUUAAGUUCUUAUUUAAUCGUAGUAUAAAGAAGCAAUACGAGAAUAAAGUAAACAUUGUUUUUGAAGUACUAGGAAAAAUUAUUUGACAGUCGAAAUCAAUGGAGAAAGAAGGCAGAAUUAGAGAUCCAGAAGGUCUAAACAUAGAAACAAGCUCCAUAAUAAAAGAUGAUCAAAUAAAGCUAAAAGAGGAUCCAGCUUCAGCUCACACUAUUGGCAAUGAUUCAUGGCAGCAAGUUAGUUUGUUAAUGGUAACGACGUUCAAUUCUGGAUGGAUAAUGAGCUUUCCAAACGUGAUGUUGGUACCCCUUGGUUGGGCAUGGGGUAUCAUCGUCUUGGUUCUGAUCGGGUUCAUGAGUGCUUAUGGAAAUUGGUUAUUAGCAGGUUUCCAUUUCAUCCAAGGCGAGAGAUUCAUCAGAUACAGAGACAUCAUGGGAUUUCUAUUUGGGAAGAAAAUGUACUACGUCACAUGGUUGAUUCAAUUUUCACUGUUUUUUCUGGGAAAUAUGGGUUUCAUUCUUCUAGGAGGCAGAGCAUUGAAAGAAAUAAAUCUGGUGUUCAGUGACACAACCAUGAGGCUCCAAUAUUUCAUCAUUAUCACAGCACUAGUGUACUUGAUGUUUUCAUUUGCUGUUCCAAACCUAUCUGCCCUCAGAGUGUGGUUAGGAGCAUCAACAAUUCUCACCUUUGGGUACGUCGUACUCGUUUUCGUGACAGUCGUCAAUGAUGGCAAGUCUAAGAGACACAUAGACUAUGAAGUUAAGGGAAGCACAAUGGAUAAGGUUUUCAAUGCCUUAGGUGCGGUAUCAGCCAUCGUUUUAAGCAACAAUUCAGGCAUGAUACCGGAAAUUCAGUCGACUCUACGGAAGCCCGCUAUCAAGAACAUGAAAAAAGUAUUGUGUGCACAAUUCACUCUUGCCCUUAUGGUAUACUAUGGUGUUACCAUAGUUGGAUAUUGGGCUUAUGGUUCGGAAGUGCCAGAUUAUCUCCCCAAGGCAAUAACCGGGCCGAAAUGGGCCAAGGUCUUGAUAAACUCAGCUGUCUUUCUCACUAAUGUCAUCUCACAACAUAUGUUUUUGCAACCAGUUCAUGAGGCCUUAGAUACAAAGUUUCUAAAAGUUGAAGAAGGUACAUACUCAAGAGAAAAUAUAAAAAGGCGAUUCGUUCUACGAUCAUUCCUAUUCACGGUGAAUACUGUGGUGGCAGCGGCCUUACCUUUUAUGGGAUAUUUCAUAAACGUCUUGGGAUCAUUCACACUUGUUUCACUGACUUUCAUUUUUCCAAGCAUCAUCUUCAUCAAGGUUAAAGGGAAAUCGGCUAGGACUGUACAGAAGGCAUGGCAUUGGACUAUCAUUUUUGUUUUUACCCUAAUUGCUGCGGCGACUACGAUAUCUGCAUUUAGAUCAGUAGUUAUCUCUGUUAAAAACUACCAUUUUUUCUCCAAUCAGUGAAAUAUGUUAAACGAAAAUUUGUUCAAAAACUACCUUAUAAAGUCGUAUUUUUACGAGAAGCUAUCUUAUAAAAAAAGUAUUGUAACAAACAAUCUUAUACGAACUGUGUUGUAAGAUACUACAAUUGUCUAUUAUUCAUUGCCCAUUUUGUUUCUCUGUAA